AGUGGGGUUGGGACCCGGGUCCUGUCCCGGGGAGAUGGCGCAGCCCAUCCUGGGUCAUGGGAGCCUGCAGCCCGCCUCAGCUGCCGGCUUGGCAUCCUUGGAGCUCGACUCAUCGAUGGACCAGUACGUGCAGAUUCGCAUCUUCAAAAUCAUCGUGAUUGGGGACUCCAACGUGGGCAAGACCUGCCUGACCUUUCGCUUCUGCGGGGGUACUUUCCCAGACAAGACUGAGGCCACUAUCGGUGUGGACUUCAGGGAGAAGACCGUGGAAAUCGAGGGCGAGAAGAUCAAGGUUCAAGUGUGGGACACGGCAGGACAAGAACGCUUUCGUAAAAGCAUGGUUGAGCAUUACUAUCGCAAUGUGCACGCUGUGGUCUUUGUCUAUGACGUCACCAAGAUGACCUCCUUCACCAACUUAAAAAUGUGGAUCCAGGAAUGCAAUGGGCAUGCCGUGCCCCCACUAGUCCCGAAGGUGCUUGUGGGGAACAAGUGUGACUUGAGGGAACAGAUCCAGGUACCCUCCAACUUAGCCCUGAAAUUUGCAGAUGCCCACAACAUGCUCUUGUUUGAGACAUCAGCCAAGGACCCCAAAGAAAGCCAGAACGUGGAGUCGAUAUUCAUGUGCCUGGCUUGCCGACUGAAGGCUCAGAAAUCCCUUUUGUACCGUGAUGCUGAGAGGCAGCAGGGCAAGGUGCAGAAACUGGAGUUCCCACAGGAAGCUAACAGUAAAGCUUCCUGUCCUUGUUGAAACCAAACGGCGUCCAUACUCGAGACUUAGCCCUGGAGUUUGUCUUUCCCCUUUUUUUCUGUGCCUGCCUAAUGCUUACACCUGCUUGUUUCUAUACAAACGAUUAUCAAAAUAAAAUUUGUAUAGAUUAUCCCGU